CUGUCUCGACAGGUUCCAAAUCCUGGAUUUAAGCAACUGCCUGCUGGUGGGAAGCGUGAAGUUAGGCCUGUGAUGGUUGCAAGUGUAUAUGAAACAGAAGAAGCUCCGUCUACAGCCUCCUCUACCCCUGACUCCACAGAAGGAGGGAACGACGACUCAGAUUUUCGGGAGCUUCACACAGCCCGAGAAUUCUCAGAGGACGACGAGGAAGAGACCACGUCGCAGGACUGGGGCACCCCCCGGGAGCUGACCUUCUCCUACAUCGCCUUCGACGGCGUGGUGGGUUCUGGGGGUCGCCGGGAUUCAGCUGCACGCCGCCCCCGGCCUCAGGGCCGUUCAGUGUCGGAACCUCGAGAUCCGCCUCCUCAGCCUGGCCUGGGCGACAGCUUGGAGAGCAUCCCCAGCCUGAGCCAGUCCCCGGAGCCCGGGCGCUGUGGGGACCCCGACGCUGCGCCUCCGACCGAGCGUCCCCUGGAGGAUCUGCGGCUCCAGCUGGACCAGUUGGGCUGGGGGGCUCGGGGGUCCGGGUCCGGGGAGGACUCAGCCACCAGUAGCUCCACCCCGCUGGAAGACGAGGAGCCCGAAGGACCAGAAGCUAGAGAGGCGGGCAAAGAACUGGACCUACAACUCGGACUCGCUCCCUCUUCGCUGCCCGAAGUCUUGGCUCCACAGCUCAGCCCGGGCUGUGGGACCCCCCAAGCCUGUACCCCGUCCCCUCCUGGGUCUCGGGAUUCGAACUCUUGGCCUGAUGAGCCCUCCCCGGAGGAGAAGGAGGAAGAGCAGUGGGGGCCGCUGGAGUGGGAACCAAUCACGGGGCAGUGCCUCGAUAUCACAGACCAAUCAGAAUUCACAUUGGAACCACACCUUCUAGUGGUGGACCUGCUGUACUGGAAGGACACGAAGACGUCUGGCGGGGUCUUCACAGGCCUCAUGGUGUCCCUGCUCUGCCUCCUGCACUUUAGCAUCGUGUCGGUGGCCGCCCACGUGGCCCUGUUGCUGCUCUGCGGCACCAUCUCUCUCAGGGUUUACCGCAAAGUGCUGCAGGCUGUGCACCGGGGGGACGGUGCCAACCCCUUCCAGGCCUACUUGGACGUGGACCUGACCCUGACUCGGGAGCAGACGGAGCGUCUGUCCCAGCAAAUUGCCUCCCGCAUGGUCAACGCGGCCACACAGCUGCGGCAUUUCUUCCUGGUAGAAGAUCUGGUGGACUCCCUCAAGCUGGCCUUUCUCUUCUACAUCUUGACCUUCGUGGGUGCCGUCUUCAAUGGUUUGACUCUUCUCAUUCUGGGAGUGAUUGGUUUGUUCACCAUCCCCUUGCUGUACCGGCAACACCAGGCUCAGAUUGACCAGUAUGUGGGAUUGGUGACCAAUCAGUUGAGCCACAUCAAAGCUAAGAUCCGAGCUAAGAUCCCAGGGACCGGAGCCCUUGCCUCAGCAGCAGCCGCAGUCUCCGGAUCCAAAGCCAAAGCCGAAUGACAAGGGUGUCUCUGUCUGCGGGACGCCUGCCCCACCCCCUGCUGCCCUCUGCCCGCCUCCAUCUCCCUUCCAUCCCCAUCCUCCCCAGCCUCUGCCCGAGCUGUUUCCAGGUGGGUGUCAGGCUCGUUCACACCAGGGAGUUUGCACAAAUUGUCUCAGCGGCGAGGACUACAUUUCCCAAGAGGCUCUGCUUUAGGAGUCGAGGAAAGGCGAGGCACCUUAGUCGCGGGGCCCGCUGGGACUUGUAGUCGCCUACAUAAGGGCCACCCCUGCCCUGCACUCCCAAGACCCUGCCGCUGGAGGCGCCCUGAGGGGCUGGUGUCUUCUGGACGCCUGUAGCCCCAAGGCUGGGGCUUUGCAUGGGGCCCAGGGUAGGCCUGAGCUUGGAUUUACACUGUAAUAAAGACUUCUGUGGAA